CUCUUCUGCUUGCAGUUCCAGCGUCCGGACGAGCCCGAGUGCUCCGAGGUGUGCCAGUGCCACCCGGGCGACUCGCUGUCCUGCAAUACAGUGUGCGUGGCGCGGACGCCGUGCCGCACGGAGUACGCCUUCUACAACCACGCGUCGCCCGCCUACCAGGCCUACCGCGGCCGCUGCCUCUGCUACUCCGGCCGCUUCAUCUGCAUGCGCCCGGCGCCAGACUCGUACUCGCUGCCGGAGGGCGUGUUCCUGUUCGUGGGCUACUCGGAGCGCGAGGAGGCGCUGCUGCAGGAGCUGUCCAACCUGACGGUGGCCGACGUGGCGGCCACGCUGCAGGAGCAUAUGCGCACGGCGCAGGCGGCGCGCGCGGAGCACAACGUGCAGGCCUCGGAGAAGGGCGAGGCGGUGGAGGACGGGCACGGCCACGGCGAGGUGCUGUGCUCGCUGCUGAUGCACAACGUGACGCGCGAGAACCUCAUCCUGGUGGCCAAGCUGGUGCAGGUGAACGUGAGCGAGGAGCUGAGCGCCGCCGAGGCGCUGCGCCGCGAGAAGGAGGAGUGCGUGGGGCCGCUGCACGACAUCGUCGAGAAGAUCAACUCGCGGCACCCCGACUUCCACUCGCACCUGCUGCUGUCCAUCCUCAAGCUGGGGCUCGUCGAGGUGCGGGUCCCGGACAGGACGGCGUCGUCCUCGGCGGCGGCCCUGGGUACGCCCCUGCCUCUGCUGGCGUCCGUGCUGGCCGCGUGCGUCGUGGCGCGCUUCUCGUCCUUGUGGUCGCUAACCCGCCGGUAGUGCGCACGCGGCACGCGGCUCGCCCUGGGCACGCCCUUGGUACGCCCUGGGUAGACCCUUGGUAGGCCCGGGGCACGCCCUGGGUGCGCCCUGGGUACGCCCUGGGUACGCCUUGGGUACGCCUUGGGUACGCCUCAGGCACGCCCUGGGUACGCCCUGGGUAGACCGUGGGUACGCCCUGGGUAGACCGUGGGUACGCCCUGGGUACGCCUUGGGUACGCCCUGGGUACGCCUUGGGUACGCCCUGGGUACGCCCUGGGUACGCCCUGGGUACGCCCUGGGUACGCCCUGGGUAC